AUGAAUUACUAUAGCUGCCGCGCAACCUCUUCUGAGCGUGAUAGACGGAUCCUUCAGCGCUCAGUGCUCUCUGCGCGACAGUUUACUCCACGACCAGAAAUUUUACCUAUCGUGCCAGUGCACCUGGCCAGGGCCACCUGUAAAACCCGAGCAAACCUUGGUCAAGCGGCGCUGCCUUAUAACUCAAAUCCAGGGAACCACGAUAUGAUUCUUUCAGUGAACCAUGCAGGCCGAUCCGUUUAUGUUUGCAAUUCUAACCCCGUCAACGUUGUCAUUGAUUUAAACAAUGAAGUCCCCAACUCCUAUUGGGACUUCCAAACAACUUACCCCGCUGUGAUCCGACAACCAAACGAGAUAGACUUGCCCGUUCAAGUGCGAAAGUGCAACCGCCUUCAACCUAUAGCCCAUUACCAGUGUAUCAACCAACAGCAUUGUUACACCUUGCUUUUGUUGGAGCACUUCAAAAAUAAGAUGACGACUUAUGCCAAUCAGCUGACCGUCUGCGAGCUUGAAAAGGUCUCCUCAGUUCGGGUUAGUUUGCAAUUAAUACAUUAG